AUGACUGCUACCAGCAGAAUAGUACCUCAUGAUACUACUAAAGGCAGCUCUCAGAAUACUAUCACAAUAAUAUUUGGUGUAUUGGCUUUUAUAUUUGCCUUUGCUGUACUUAUUGUUGGGUUCUUAUGUUGGAGGAUUAGGAGGAAGGCAACACAGAGCAUGAGGGGGGUCAAUGAUAAUAUAACCUGUGAAGGUGAGUUAGGUUCCAAUCCUUUUAGUCAAGAGUAUAUUUAAAAAUGUUAGGUUCAAGCUUAUAUCAAGUAGCCUCACUGCUGAAGCUCAUCCUAGUUUCAAAAGACCAGUUUUGUAAAUGACACUUAGGGAGGGCUGUCACUCCUUAGUCCUGGAUUGGUACCAGUCCAUCACCUGUUUCUUUCAAGUUUUACAAGACCCAAUGAUUGUUUUAGGAGCAAGAGAAGCAUUGUGAGAAUAACAUACAGUACCAUCUAACACAAGAUCAAUACAUUAUAAUUACCCUGCAGUCAGGACUCAAAUGCACACCUUUUAAACUAGAGAUUAGUUUGCAAAUUGCAUCUCAAAUUUCAAAUAUAUUUAAUGCAUAUUAAUAAAUGUAUGAUUCACUCUGAAGGCAAACAGCAAAAACACAAAGUUGUGUGAUACAAGGAUGUGAUACAAACAUUUGCCAGCAUACAGAAUUGCUGCUGUUACCAUGACAAUUAGCUGAUUAAACUUGCUUUUCAGCAAUUUUUCUGGCUAUUGGUCAGCUCUUCAUUUUUUCCUUGUACAGGAAAUACAGGAGAGCAUAAGUCAAUAUAUCAAUCAGCUUCCAAACCUGUCUUUAUUUUUCUUUGAAUUUAAAUCAAUUAAGUUAAUUUAUACACACAUGGCAUUUUUGUAUUAACUGCAUUGGUUAUCAAACAAUCUUGUACAUGACACUUUUGUUUUAAUUUUUAAAUAAUUUGAUACAUUUUUCAAUUUGUUAGCACUUUAUGAUACCAACUAUGCCAGCCAAGGACCCAUACAAGGACCCACACAAGGACCCAUACAAGGAUCCACACAAGGACCCACACAGUCACAUUCCAGUGCUGAGGUACAGUUGCCAUUAGCAUCCCCCAAAGUUACAGAAUUACAGACCAACUCAGGUUAUGCCACAUCCUCCCCAGAAGGAUCUCCCUAUCCAACUGAUGAUGAGCUGGUAGAUCAGCUGUCUGAGCUAAAGGAUGGAUCACGAAAGAAGCGUAAUUUAAAACGAACAAACAGUAAGGAAGCACAAGGUAAUAUAUAUUUAUUCUAAACCAUAUGUAUAUGAUUAUGUAUAAUAUUUACACCAGUUUUCAAAAACAUUGCAAUUUGAAAAUACAUAUGAAGUAUAUAUAGAAUACCUUUUUUUCAUUAAGAAAUUGUUGACAUAAAUAAUGAUUAUAAGGACAAUUUUUCUGAAGGAAUGUACAAUGACUGUAGGCUGUCAGAAAAACAAAAAGGUAUUGUUCCUUUGAUGUCAAAUAUGCAUGCAUCAUGCAUCACCUUUUUGAUAAUAAAGAAAGGUUUAUAUAUUUCAUAAUUCCAAAUUGCAAAGAUUUUUUGAAAAUGGACAUGUGUAGAUAUAUUUGUACAUUUCCAAAUAAAUGGAAAAAGAGCCUUUUUGGUGAAGAAAGAGAUCAUAUCUAUAUUCAAAAUGUAAUUUCAAAUUUGCAACAUUUUUAAAACAGGUGUAUAUAGAUACAGAUGUAUAUAUCUUUCUAUUGACUUUUAAUUGCAUUUCAAAAGUUUGAAAGAAGUUGAUAGAAGUUUUAGUAGCGAUGUGAGCAUCAUUAUCCAAUAGUGAGAUGAGGGGGGCAUAAAAUGUUUCGAAAAACUAUAAAUUCAGCAGAUUGUGUAAAGAGUGAUAUCAACUUAAUGCAUCCAGUAAUUAAAGUUUCUCAUUUGAUUUCUUUCACAUUGCAUAUAAGCUAGGGGCACACUUUCAAAUAAGUUUCAUGCACUCAUUAAAGUAAUUUUACAUUUAAUCAUAACCAUUACAAUUUCAUCAAAUUUUAUUGGUGUAUUCGGUGCUUUAUUUUUCACUAAUCAUUCUGUACAGUUGUAAUGGGACAGUGCAAUCAGACAGUUGGCUGUAAUCAGACACCUGUAGUUGGACAGUUGAAGCAGCCAAUCAUGCUAAGUCCACUCAGCUACAUCCACCAAUCACAGAAUUGAUCACAUUAAACAUAGAAGCCACCAUGAAGGAAUUUUUUAGACUUGGUCUCAACUGGAGAUGUUUGUUCUUAUUUUCUAUGUUUCAUCCAGAUAUUGUAACAGUUAUAAUAAAUUGUGUCAUCCAAAUCUGUCUGUAGUCAUACUCCUGAUUAACAAAUCGGAUUCUUGCUUCGCAGUCAUCUGAUUUUGUCAAUCACUCACCAUUAUUAUUUCAUUUUCUCUUUUGAUUUCUGCAAAGAUUGAAAAAUAACUUUCCUGACAAUGUCUUACUUACACUACUUGACCAUCUAAUAUUAAUCAGUGAUCACCAAUGCAACCAGGUUAAGAGGAAAUAUAAAUUUAUCAGCUAUGGAGUUCUAUGUUGAUUCAAAUCUAAACUCUCCUUACUUAAAUACAUGCAGGGUUUGUAAUUUUAAUUGCAACUAAAGAAGGGUACUUGAUGUUUACAUGCACAAGUCAACUCAAAUAAAUGUGUCAAUCAUGCAUAGUUUUAAAUAGAAACAUUUGGCAACUAAAAUUUGAAAUUUAUCUUUCUUGAUAACUGUUUCAGCAUCAAAAGACAGUGCCAGUGAGAGCUUUUUAGGAUCCAGAGAGAAAGACAGUGAUGAAAAUGAAGGGCAAGACAAAACAGGUAUAUUAAGUAGUGCUUAGAUUUCAGGAUAAAAUUAUAUAAUUUGGAAUUAUUCACACUGAAAACAGUGUAGUUAUGAAAAAUCAUAGCUCUUACCUUUCUUUUCAUUCUUUUGGAGGGUUUGUUAAUAACUCACCUAUAAUAGGUUUACUUCAGUCAAAACUGUAUUUUGCAUUACAUCAUUAUACUAUUAUAAACAAUGUGAAAUCAUUAAUUAUUUUAACUGCCCUAAAAAAGACUUUAAGAUUUGUUUCAGUUUCAACUUUCUGUGCAAUGAUUUGUCUCUGUUUUUUAUUUUGACAAGCUCUCAGCCAAUAUAUGUGCUGAAAUUGUCCAUGUGUUUAAAUAUACUAUUAUAAACAAUGUUAGAUCAUUAAUUAUUUUAAUGCCAUACAAAUUUAAGAUGUUGAUGUAACAGUGCCCAGGAGACCAAGUCUUGUAGAGAGAUCACUGUCUGCAAUCAUUAUAUUACCAGGAGAGGUUUUCAUGUUUUGUUUGAUGUAAAUUAAUAAUUACUGUCUGCAAUUUGUACUUUCAUGUGACUUAUAAAUUAAUAACCUUAAGACUUUACUUACAUCAAUACCAGUAUUUUUUUAUCAUUCAUCUAAUGUCAGUAAUAACACUGCUUUUUACUGAACACUUGAUGUAAUUUCAUUCCAAAACAAAACACUAGAUUUCCUAGCAGUAAAUAGAUCGGAUAAUCACUUUAAGGGUGAAAAAGAGAACCAAUCAAAUUAACUCUUUACACCCUAAACUCAGUAUCCAUAUUCUCUGUGCUCCUCUCUAUACAAAUCAAUUGGUGCUGACAAGGAGAAUUUGUUUAAAGGAUCAAAAUUUUCUUCAGGCGUCAAUCAUUUCUGUUAUUCUCAUGAUCUUGAUGAAUGAUUAAUAGCAGUAUUACUCUAAGGAGAAAUCUGAUGCACUACUCAUUCUGAGAUCCAGUCUUCAAAUUAUUGGUAUUCAUUUUGUAAAUGCUGUGAGUAUAUACACAUAUAUUUAAUACGAGCUUUCAUGAUAUAUCAUAUAUGUUUUAUCUCUUUCAGGAUUCAGAUGAGCAAGAUGGUUGGUAUUUUAUGUUCCUGCAUAAUUAAUUUUGGUUGGCAGUAUGUGGGAUUAAAUAAUUUUUGUUGAUAAAAUAUAAGCAAACACAAUUAAGGGCAAAGAAUGAGAACAGUCUCAUUUAAAAAAUGUGGAAUAUAACUUUUCCAUGCAGUUUCAUUUUAUAGUUUAAGGUGAUACCUAGAAAAUUUGAAAUAGCUCAUAAGAAAAGACAAAUUUGAUGGCUGGACUUUGUAUUUCCUUGAUAAAGCAAUAGGAAAAAAAAAACAGGAUCACUAGAAAAGUGGAAGGUUGUAGUAAAGAAAGAGAAUUAUUGAUAUGAUGUACUUUACAAGUUUAUUAAAUUAAAGGAGUCAGAUAGUCUUGAGACAUAGAAGUCUGCCUCAAAUAAUUUAAGUUGUGCCUUUGGUAAGAUCUGUUUAUUUUAGAUUUAUUUCAUAAACAGCUCAGUUAAAGUCUGCACAGCAGGUAGCCUUGUGUAUUAUGAGGAUUGAAAGUUACUCUGCAGUCAAAAUCUCAAUUGCAUGCUUUUAUUUGAACAGAGAUUGUCCAAGAGGGAGUAAGAGGGUCCAGCGUGCCUACCAUAAGAUUCAAGGUAUCAAAAAGGAAAUCAUCAGGUGCUGGCACCCCUAACAAGGAAAACUUUCAGGUGGGUGAAAUAAUAGAUAAAAUUUUUAGUUUUUAAUGCUAUGAUAACUAACAUACAAUAAUUACCUUUUGGAUACUAUAAAAGAUGACUUGAGGGGUAAACAGAUUUAAUUAAGGUUAGUUAUACAUGCUUAGCAUGAACAGAUGAUCUACUUUACAGUGAUAUAAGUCAAUAAAUCUUUUAUUAGUUCUUAUUCAUAAUUAGUAAUAUUGCUGAUGACUCAUGAAUCAAUCAAUUAAUUGUUCAGACAAAAGUCAGCUUUAGAAACUCUUUAUGGUGGCUACUUUACUUUAUGAACGCAGUUGAUAAAACCAAAUUAUUUUGUCUAGUACAUUGUAUGGUUAUUUGAUAAGUACAUAAUCUCCUUAAUCAUGUCACAUCCAGUCCAUAUAUUAGUUGGACUUAAUCACAUGACAAAGAAUAUCUUGUUGUAUUUUACACUGUAAAUUGGCCAUCUAAAGAGUUUAAAGGCUGAUGUUUCAAGCAUUAGCCUUUUGUCAGAGUGGAGGGCUGAUACUCAAAACAUCAGCUAUGAACUCAACAGUGGCCAAUUUACAUUAUCAACUCAGUUGAUAAUACUUAAUUACCCUGUUAUACUCUUCCACCAAUGCAGCAGCAUACUUUCUUUAGAAACUUACCUCCUUUAUUCAUUUAUAUUCUUCUUUGUAUGAGGUAUAUUGUAAAAAUAUCAUAUUUGUACAUCUUUGAUAAAGUUUUGUCAAUGACUUCCAUUUUGGCCACAUUACAAUCACAAGCUUACAAUUUUAUUUUUCCAGUAUAAUCUUAUUUUCCACCAAUGGUUUUUUAUAAAGUUUAGAGAGCCAAGAGCUCUCUUUAAUGAGUGUAUCUUAAAUCAGUAGUGCAUACUUCUUCCUGCAAUAUCAAACUGUUAUAUCUAUUAUAAAUGGAAAUCAACUUUUUUCACAUUGAUUGUGAUUGAAUUUUUUUAGGAUCCAAAAGAGGAUGAUGAUACUAAAAGAAAGAAACUUUUGAAUUCUGGUAUUUUUUUAAAUUAUGUGUAUUAUAACCUUUUAAAGGUCUCUUCCCUACCCUCCCCCACAGAACUAAGUUGUUGGGAGCCCUUUCAAUGCUUUGCAUUUAACCCUUUAACUCCCAGAUCAAAUUUGUAAUUCUCCUUUCUGUCAACCAUACAAUUCUUGUAAUGUUAGUUCAGAGAAUUUAGUAUUGGAUCAACUUAUUAUCCCCAAAUUGAUAUUUUUCUUUAUUCUCAUCCCUUAUCUGGUUGAUAUUGUAUUGAUAUUGUAUUUAUAUCAUAAGGAGAAAUUCUGUCUUGGUCACUUGUGGGAGUUAAAGGGUUAUUAGAUAAUGAAUAAAUUACUUUUUUAGUUGUAGCAAAACCUUUCAAGGUUGUGGUGCAACCCAGACAUCAAGAACAGAAAGAAGGUUCACAAGUGAAAUUUGAAUGCAACAUCUCUGGAGAGACAGAAGUACGUUAUCAGUGGUUCAAAGAUGACUCCACGAUUCAAGGUCAAAGAAACUCUUCCCUUGUUUUGGAUCCAGUUAAGGUGGAAGACUUUGGCAAUUACAAGUGUGAAGUAAAAUAUGAUGAUGGUGACGGUGAGAAGUGUGUGACAUCUCUCCCUGCAGAACUAGACGUCAUCCCCAGUGAUGGAAUGAGUGAGUGUCAAUUAUUUGCUAAUUACCAUCUAUUUUGGGUACUACAUGUACUGUUAAUAUAAACCACACACAAUUUCUUACUUAGGCCCCCAGAAGGAGACAAUUUGCACCCCACAGGAAGCAGUGAGGUGGCUGUGAAUGUGUGAUUUUCAAAUCAUUUAUGCAUUUGGGAGCUCAAUGCUACUCACCUUCCAUAAUGAUAAAUAACUGAGCUAUAGAAGGCAAAUAUGUUCAUUCGUGACUGAAGUUAAGGUAAACACUUCUAGUCAGUGACACAACUUCAUUGACAGCUCAAAAAGUAAUUACCACAACUGCUGUUUACGAGCUUCGUUUAUAUAAAAAUGCCCAACAUUUCUCAUCUUACUCUCUGCCGUCGCUGCCAAAUAAAAAGCAGGAAACAAUAACGACCCACUGAUUUCAGCGUAUUUUCCAAGAUGGAGAACCAAUCAUUCCUCAGCUCUCUCCAUUAACGCUUACUUCCUGGGGAAAUGCCUCGCAGUUUAAUUCCCCGUUUUCCCGUGAAAUCACGUUGUUAAUUUGGGAGCCUAAGCACAAACGUUUUGGAGAGGCCGACGACAGCUAGAAGUUCAAUACUGAAACGACGACCUCACGGUCGAUGCAUUGGCGUCAAAGUAUGCCAGAAUUAGUUUUAUUCCUCAAAAAACGUAUCUGCUUUAUUUCUCUACUAAUUUUUGAGUGAAACCUUGGCAUGACGCGGUUAUUUCUCCGCCCUGCCCGGGGUUGGUUGAGGGGGCUUCAAUUGAAAAGUGCAUUAUAAAGUAAAUAACUGAACAUUCUGGAAUAUUUUGGGGUAUUCUAGAACAUUAGUCAACAAUGUUUGGUCCAAUAGUGUAUUUUAAUUACGUAACUGCUAUCGGCUUAUUGACCCAUUUCCUUUAUUUGAGGAGGAGCACUCAGGAGUUUGUUAUAUUUGUCAACUAAUUGAGAUUCUGCCAUAUUUCUUCACAAUAAGCGCCGCCGUGUAAUUUAAGUUAUUUGAGUAAACAUUGCCAUUCUCCUUAUUUUUCUUUACUUUUAGAGCUCAAAUGUCUCACAAAUGUAGAUUCCAAUAUUCAAGAGAAGGUUGGAAACCUUCUGACCAAGAAAAAACCGGGAAUUCGGACCUGGAAACAACUCGCUAUCAAGUAUGCUAUGGAGGAUCAUCUUAUAGUUUCUCUUGAAAACAGUCAAGAGACAGCCGGAAGAGAAGUAAUCGAGUUCCUAGCAAAGUCAUACCCGAAACUUACAGUGUAUGAGGUUUGCAAGGAACUUAAAGAAAAAGACAUACGACGUUUGGACAUUGUUGAAGUAUUGCUAGCUCAUCUUUCGGCUCCAAUUUCAGGCGGUGACGUACGUCUAUAGAGUUUUUUUUACGUGAUAUUGUUUUAAAUGUAAUGUUUAAAAAAAGGGUCAGUUGUUGAUAGAAGUUCUUAGGUCGCGAUCAAUUAUGGUCUCUAGGAGAGUUAGUGACGCUUUUGAAUGCAGUGAUGCAGUGCAUCACAUCGACAAUUUCAGAGUAUGUGUGACUUAUAGAUCUUGAUCCAUAAGCAAUAAUUUAGUAUCAAGGGAGGUUGUAUAAUUUGAAAUGUUCCCUUGAGUAGUUUAUUUUUAUGGGACCUUGUCAACUGGAAAAGAUGUUGACUAAAAUUCUUAUAGUCCUUUAUAGACAAGUAGAUAAUUUGGAAACGGUUACAUAACAAGUGUGUUAGAGUCAACGGACCGCAUUGAUAAGGAAAAUAUGGAUUACUGUCUCAAUUUUUUUCUAUAUUUUUUGUAUUUAUAGAGUUUUCAAGUUUCAGCGAUUUAGUCAUUGUUUACUGAGUAAACCAUAUUCAGGAAAACUUUCUUAUAAGAGAUUUCCAUCCAUACUUGAUAACGUGUAUUUCAGAUUCAUAGAUGAACAGAUGAAAGUAUUAUACAUGCACAAUAACGACUGAUUUUUGUAUCCAAGCACAUUUGUAUAAGCUUACUAUGAAAGCACGCGUACAUGUUGUCUUCAGCUAUCAUAAAAAUGUUCCUGAAUUUUGAUGUAAGUUGCAUUUUACAUAAGCUGGUUGUGGUAGUAUUAUUGAGGGGAAUUUUUAAGAUCCAACUGCGGAAUUUCGGAAUUUCUGUAGAUUACCCUUGCAACUGAGUGGUCAUUAACGUGUGACGUUGUGUGACGUUGUUGCGUCGAGUUCAGCCAUAAACUUACAUAGUGUUAUCCGGAUUUAUUUAAUAAUGUUAGAAACUUUGACAUAAAUUGACACCAAAAUAGGCACACAUGAUCUACUUUUUGAAAUAGCAAUUAUUUAAGAAGUGAACGUACAGAAUUAUUGUCAAAAACUUUUGAAGCUGAUGUAGAUUUUUUCUUUAUUACAAUUAUUUAUCGAAUAUAAACUGCAAUCAUUCGAAUGCAUGGAGAUUCACCUUCAUGACCUUCAGUUCGCAUGACAGCAAGGGGUUUGGGACAGAGGCCGCUAAUGGUACUAUCCAUGAUCGUUCCCAGUGCCUUUUGAACUUCAGUAUCACUAUUGAUAGGCGAAUGUUUUUGUUAUAUUUAUUCUAAUUUGUCGUAGGAUUAUCGUACUAUUUACACAACACAUACUCUUUGUUUAACCAAAUCAGGCAAUAAAAUUACUGCUAUUUUUCUGUAU